CGAGAGGGUGAGAGUGAGUUAAGCGCUGUCGCAUGGAAACUGAUACUCGUCGAGUUAUUUCGUUGUUGCCUGGAAAGUUAUGGAAAUUGACGCUUGCCGCCAUCUGUGUGAUGGACAGGUGGGUUACACAGCCAUAGUAUCGCAGUUAGUGUUCAGUAACUGCUCACGGAGAGUGAAUUUCCCAUGGCCAAGUGGGGGAGGAUACUUUGACAGAGAUGGGACAUUGCACAAUCAACCAGGGACCACUCUAGUGGCCACGAAUGACAUCCUCUUCAAUGACGAAUGUCCCAUACUUCUUAACGAAUUCUUCACCAACGCCUCAAUCUGUAAUCAGGGGAUUGUUGUUCGCUCAGUGGAGCUGACGAACAUUCGUCCAGGUGGACUUAUUCCACGACUGCUGAACGUUACUACUUCCAAAGCUGGUAUCUUCAAGGAGAUGCUUGUGCCGUGGGCUGAUGAUGCCUAUGGGUUCAUGAUAGCCGCAGCGAGAGUGUUCAGAUUGAGCUGGGUACGAGUGGGGAGGCUGGACCCUUCAGAUUUUGUCGUCCGUGCCUCCACGCGCACCUGGGAAAAAAGUGACUAUCUGAUGCUUGUUUCGAGGCAGGCGAGGGCUGCAGAUCAUUAUCACGUCUAUUAUGACGAUAUGAGAGAAGUGGCUGCCUUGUCAGGAAUGCCAGUGCCACAGGACCCUCAUGGCUCGCACUACUUUGAUAGGACGUUUGGAGGAGUGCAGAAUGACACAUCCUUCAAUAUGCUGAUUGCUGGUGACAGCUCCUCCAAACUGAAGAUGGUGAGGCACUUCUGUCCAGACGUCGGAUGUACGUUGUACUCAGGAUUGUACUUCUUCCGUCCCGGAAUACUCCCUUGGUCAGAUCCUGAAACUUGGGCAGAUGUCAACGCCCGAACGCAAGGAAUGAUGCCUGAAGAAGGGUGGGAUGUUUUCAUUCCAAACGGGUGGACAGUACAGCUAGACAUGUCACCACCUCCCUUGGGUGUUCUCACCAUUGAAGCAGGCCUGGUAGAUUUGACGCGAAAGGCAGGCCUGGUAGAUUUGAAGCCAAAGGAAGGCCUGAUAUGGAGCCAGGCCAUAAGGUCCUGUUUUGACAGAAAAGAAGAAGAAGAAGAAGAAGGAGAAGAAGAAGGAGAAGAAGAAGAAGAAGAGGAGGAGGGAGGAGGAGGCGGAGGAGGAGGAGGAGGAGGAGGAGAAGAAGAAGAGGAAGAGGAAGCAGGAGGAGGAGGAGGAGGAGGAGGAGGAGGAGGAGGAGGAGAAGAAGAAGAAGAAGAAGAAGAAGAAGAAGAAGAAGAAGAAGAAGAAGAAGUGGAUGGGAGAGCUAAUGUGGGGUAUGACGUCCUCAUGGGUAGGACCAUGAGGAGAUCUCAUCUAUUCGCUGCGAAAAGGGUAAGGAGUACUCAGGACAGUGGGGGAUUUGCGGAAAGGGGCACACUGAUUUGGUCUAACGAGGUGGACGACAUGACCUUGGAAGCCAGAAUCAUCUUUGUUAAUGGUGGGAACCUGACAAUCGGAACGCCAGAAAUGCCUUUCCCAAAGAAAACGACGGUGAUCCUGAAUGGUCCUCGAAGUGUGGACCCGCUCGCAACAUCAAAUGAUUUCAGCUUUGGAUCAAAUGUCAUUGCAGUUUUGGGAAAGCUGGACAUUCAUGGACUUAAGCAUGUAACAAUGUGGACUCGACUGGCAGGGAGUGCACCUGCAGGGGCGCGGACGCUAAACCUCAAAGAACCAGUGGAUUGGGACAUAGGGGACACUGUGGUGAUUGCACCAUCACGUUGGGAUCCCGAUGAGUGGGAAAGAGCCAAGAUUGCAAAUGUUUCAGCAGAUCGAAGGAGUGUGAUACUCGACGAAGAUCUGAAGUUCCCGCACACGAUAAGUGGGCUGGAUGUCAAGCCAAACACAUCUGUGAUCUUCAGCCCAGAGGUCGGCUUGCUGGCAAGCAAUGUCCUCAUCAGAGGGUCACCUGUGGAGGAUGGAUUUGAUGGGAGAUACGGUUGCCGAAUCGAUGUGGCGCGAUUCGACGUCUUCAGUGGGGUGGCUAUGGUUCUUUCAGAGGAACCUGAGAGGGAUUACGGGGAAGGGCAAGCUGACAGUCAAUCCUCCAGUAAAAUGGAGCAAUCAAUGCUGUUCAGGGACCUUUCGGCCGGACGGGAGGGUGCGUGAGUGUGUACAAGGUGUAAUACUGACUGUUUUUGCCGACCUGCCAGGGGAAUAUGAACCGGACUGACGCCCCCCGGAAUGAAUAUGUAGCCAGGAC